AUGACAAGCCGCUCGCUGCCCCCUUUUCUCCCAAUCACCCUCUGUGCUUGUCGGAGUCUCUCACUGGACUACCCCCGCCCCUCCUCCUGCGGCCGCGUCUGCGCCUGCGCAGGACUCGCUCCUAAUAAGGCCGGGGGCCCGCCCCUACCGCCCUACACAAGGGUUCGCAUUCUCCCGCCUUCCCUCCGCCACCCGGGCGAUUGGUCUGUCAACUCUCGGCCCGAGGGGAGGGUGCGGAGGAAGGCCAAACGGCAGGCUGCGCCCCGCCCCCUUUUAAAGGAGAAGCACUGUCAGGCCCUCCCCUCUGCCCAGUAUCUGAAUGGGACUGGAGGGGGACGGUGGCUGACUCCUUCCUUCCGUCCUUCUCCCAGGGAGAGGGAAACUUGGCCUGUCUCCCUCCGCCCGGUAUUACCGACUUUUUCCUCAUCGGUGGAUCUAGCGCGGCCCCUCGCGAGCCUUGAAAAGACCAGCAGGCUGCUGCUUUUCGCCGCAACCUGGAGUAAGGCCUGCGGGAACUACGCGACCCAGCGUGCAGCGGGCGCAGCUUCCCGCAUGCGUGGCGGCUGUGUUCCCGCCGGGCCGCUGCAGCUCGCUUCGGCCGCCACUUCUGCCUUGCCCUCGGGCUCUGUCUCUCCAGCCGCGGCUUUCGGGCCCGCGGGGCACCGGGGGCUGAUCGCGGAGACGCGGGAGGUCGCCCGGCGCCCAAGUGCCUUGCAGAUUUUGUCCACCCUCCAGCUCUUCAGGAGUCCCGUUUAGUUCUGGCUGCGCCUGCCCAGGAAACGUGUUUAACUGACAGACAACCUUUAAUUUAAAAAAAAAAAAAAAAAAAAAUUUCCGUGAGUCAGAAUGUUUACGCAUUAAACGUCAGCGAGGGCUUACUGGCGGCGUGAGGCACACACCACCAACUUUUUAUAUGUUUUUACUCUAAGACUUAAAAAAUACUGAGGGGCCUGAAGGAAGAAGGGGGUAUAAACGAAAGUAAAAAACUAAUCCGGAUUCAGACCCACGGCCUUAACUACGUGAUCGACUGUCAGGGUUUAAUUUCUCUAGUGUGAAAUGCCACGCAGAGGAGCUUAUUUUAAUUCCAGGUGGACUCUCACUAUAUGUGAUAACGUGUUUUUGAAAGAAAUGAAUGUAAAUAGAACGGAUACACUGAUAAUUUUAACGGAAUGCCUAUGUAAACAAACCCUAUUGUGAGUAGUACCUUUGAGUUAAAAAGAAAACGUGAGUGGGUGAUAAAUUUGGAUUUCCUUGUAUCUGGUUUGUUUGCAUUGGUGGUACUCCUCCUGUACGGUGACCUGUUUAGAGCAUUUUUGAAACAGCUGUUAAUAGUAAGUAACCACUGACAUGCAAAAAGAAAUCUACAUCUUGAUCUAGAGGAAAUUUUACAUUUCUGCCCAAAACAAAGCACUCCGGGAAAUGCGACGUCUUAGGAACAAAAAAAUAACUUGCACAGUACGUGGAGAUUGUCUUGUGUUAUUUUAUCCUGCGACACUGAGGUUUCGACCACUUGAAUAUUAAGUCAACCCAGGCAGUACAGUGCAUUGCAUUUCUGAGAACCGUCCAGGGAUUUUGUUGCCAUUCUUUAAAUCUUUCAGAUUAAAGUCAGGUCUUGUAAAAUACCAGUCGCUGUUAAGAAUUGAGUUUUAUUGCUUUUUACCUGAACCCUACUGUUUUUGUUUACUCAUAGAUUUGAAUCAGCUAGUCUUUAUUGAAGGGCCAAAUUAAUGCAAGAUGCCUUGUUAUUUAUCGAUUCAGGUUAGACAUUGAAUGCACCUACCGAUUUUAUUCAGCCUGAAAAGUGAUCUGCAGGCAGUAAGACACAUGGUUAGAAAAAAGAAGUGAGAAAAGGCAAUGAAUGAUUCAAAAUACCUAGAGUACUCCCUCUAGGAACCUAGAGCCAGGUGAGAGGAAAGAAGGGUGAGUAUGGGAAUGGAGACCUUUUAUAGCGUUUUUUCACCAUUCAAAAUUCUGUUGAACAGGCUGAAAGGAACCAAAUACAAAAAAAAUGAUUUUUCAGUUUGUGUUGGUCUAAACCUAUAAAGAACACUCUAAGACAGUAAUAUACAUGUGUAUGUAAAUUAUGUCAGACAUGUGCUUUUCUUGCUAUAUUAAUUUAUAAAAGUUAAUCAAAGGCUUAUUCCUGCCAUCCUUGUGAAAGCAGACUGUGGGGCGAGUACUUACAUGGAAAAAAAUAAAUCACCGUACUCCCCAAACUCAACUUUUGACCUUGGUUAUUUAUCAUGUCCUUUUCUUCUCAGUAGUCACUUAACUGGAAAUUUGGGGCCUUUUCUGAUGGGGUUCCUUUACUCUGUUAAAUGAAAUAUUUAAAAGUAUCCAAUUCUCUGCAACAAAGAAGUUAAUUGGUUAAUUAAAGAA